AUGUCCAGUCUCACGCUCAAGGCGGAUCUUGCGGCAAGAUACGUGGUGCAAAAUGAGCUCCUGCUAAAAGCGUUGGGCGCCGAGACGGCGGACGUGGGACACGUUACCAUCGGCGACGUGAUGGGGCAGGACAGUCUGGCGUACUUGGAGGAGUGGAAGAGGCGGCUGGAGCAGGCGGACAGCGAGAUGGAGACACGGGACAGCGUGGACGACGAGCUGGCGGAGCUGGACGCGGUCAUUGGGCGGCUCGAGAAAGAGUUCCUGAACCCCUCCGACGGGUCGCUGCGCGAGCAGAACAACGCCAUCUUCAACGAGUACUGUGAGAAGUACAACAAGGUGAUCUACGAGGUGAAGGAGAACGAGGACUUGAAUGCGGGAAUGGAUGACGCAGAGGAACAGGGCUCUUUUGCAAGCAGCGUACUGAUGAGCGACUACGAGGUGAGUCUGGUGGACGACAACAUGCAGGAGUUCUAUGUGAAUUUCGAAGGCCCCAAGGACUCGCCGUACGAGGGCGGGCUGUGGCGGAUCCACGUGGAGCUGCCGGACCAGUACCCGUACAAGUCGCCGUCGAUCGGGUUCCAGAACAAGAUCUUCCACCCCAACAUAGACGAGUCUAGUGGCUCGGUAUGUCUGGACGUGAUCAACCAGACGUGGUCCCCCAUGUUUGACAUCUUCAACAUCUUCGAGACGUUUCUGCCGCAGCUGCUCAACUACCCAAACGCCGCAGACCCGCUCAACGGGGACGCGAGCUCGCUCUACAUGAGAGAUAAGAAUUUGUAUGUGGAGAAGGUUAAAAUGUAUGUCAAAAAUUACGCGGACCCAGCCACAAUCCGCAACGGCGGCGCGGACCAGCAGGAGGACGAGACGGACUCGAGCGACGCCGACCUCAGCAGCGUAGACGAGAUGGUGGGCGAAAUCGACCUCUGA